UGAGGCGGAGGCAGGGGACUUGCAGCGCGCGCGGCUCCGCGAGUGUGUCUCCUGUGCGCCGAGAGGCGGGGGGAGGAGGAGGAGGAGGGGGAGAAUGCCCGGAGCUGCCGCCGCUGCCGCCGCGAUGCUCCCGGCUCAGGAGGCUGCCAAGCUGUAUCACACCAACUAUGUGCGGAACUCACGGGCCAUCGGCGUGCUGUGGGCCAUCUUCACCAUUUGCUUUGCCAUCGUCAACGUGGUGUGCUUCAUCCAACCCUACUGGAUCGGCGACGGCGUGGACACCCCGCAAGCUGGCUAUUUCGGGCUCUUCCACUACUGCAUCGGCAACGGCUUCUCCCGGGAGCUGACCUGCAGGGGCAGCUUCACGGACUUCUCCACGCUGCCCUCGGGCGCCUUCAAAGCCGCCUCCUUCUUCAUCGGGCUCUCCAUGAUGCUCAUCAUCGCCUGCAUCAUCUGCUUUACCCUCUUUUUCUUCUGCAACACGGCCACCGUGUACAAGAUCUGUGCCUGGAUGCAGCUCACCUCCGCUGGUUGCCUUGUGCUUGGCUGUAUGAUUUUCCCUGAUGGCUGGGAUUCAGAUGAAGUAAAACGAAUGUGUGGAGAAAAGACAGACAAGUACACUCUUGGGGCUUGUUCAGUCCGCUGGGCAUACAUCCUGGCAAUUAUUGGAAUCUUGGAUGCCCUGAUCCUCUCGUUUCUAGCAUUCGUGCUUGGUAACCGACAAGACAGCUUGAUGGCAGAGGAACUGAAGGCAGAAAACAAAGUUCUGCUAAGCCAAUAUUCUCUAGAAUGAGCACAAAACAAAUCGAACAACAGCUAAACAAAUUGAAUAACAGCUUUUGUACAUCAACAUCAAGAAGGAAGACACUUGGGAGAAGUCAGAAUACAGAGAUGAAUAUGGACGAGAGUGAAACAUCCACUUGUCAAAGCACUUCCUAAAUCUAGAUUGGCAGAGAUGGGAGUGAUUUUUCUGGAAAGAGAUGCAAUUGUGGAUUAAACACCAGCUCAUUGGAAACUGUCAUUGAAUAAGAUCAGAUAACAUUCACUGAGAUAUCACAUUCAGGAAAUAUUUUAAGGAAGAGAAAUAUAAAUAUGCUAGAAUUAACAUGUAAAAUACAUAUGUACUGAAGUUUGUAAACUGUCCUUUUUUAAUUAAACUGAAACAAAAAGCUUUAAUCUUUCAACAUUUAAAAAAGGCAGUCAGUUCUAAAUUAUUCCUGUCUCAAUAGCCAAGAGGCUGAUCAAGCAACAUUUAUUAAGGAAGCGUCUUAGGAAAUGCCUCUGAAUGUUUUCAUAGGAGACAUGACUUUUGAUUCUCCAUCUCUGCCGUUCAUUUAUUUCACUGUGUCAUUAGUUAAAACCUCUCCGUUAUUAAGAGAUGUAAAGCUUCAGACUUUUCACCAAGUCUGUGUUCAGUUUAAUCUGUUUGUACAAGUUAUUACUGAGAAAGUGUUUCUGACAUAUAUUAUUACUCCAUCAAGCUGUAUAUUACAGGAAGUACAUCUUUACAUCAUAGGUUCCCAAGCAAUAUAGAUUUCCCUAUCUUUCAGGAAACAGCAUCAAGGAACUCUGAAAAAUACAGAAAGCUCAUUUUCACCUUGGAUGCUCACAUGUAAUAUAUAGGCUGCUAUCAAAUAAACACUUUUUUCUAAUACUCCCUAGUAUAUGCAUAGGAAUUUAAUAUACUUUAUAAAUAGGUAUCUAAAAUAUCUCUGAUUUUUUUUUUCUAUUUCUUUGCCAUACAUGUCAUCAGAAAUGCAUAUCCUCUAUUUUCCUUACUGACAUGCACUCAUUUUUGUUUAAAAAAAAAGCAAUCAUUCCAUCAAAUCUACUUCUAAAUCAUAGUAAGUGGUACUAACAAAAUAAAUAAUAAUUUAAUAGCCUUAGAAAUAAAUGAAUAUAUACUUAUACAGGUCAAAGAAACUUGGUAGGAGUGAGUUGCCUUUUUAUCUACUAAUGUUGGCUUCAGAAACACUCAAAUUUUUUUUCAGCUGUUGGGCAUUUGGAGAUACUUACAACUAACCAGUUGUCUUCAACAGUGUUUUGCUCCCAGGCUUACCCCACCAUCACCCUCACCACACAUCCUGCCAAAAUCCAACAACAGAAAAAUAUUUAAUAUUGAAUAGCCAAUAGCCUAAAGCAAAGCACAAGCUAAAAAUGUACAUGCAGAGAUAAUCAGUGUAAACCCAACCAUGUUGUAUACCUGAGCAGAAAACAUGGACGUAUAGAAUGCCUUCAUUCAUAGACUCAAGAUUAAGAUCAAAUUAGCAUAUAUCACUAAAACAUAAGACAGAGGAUACUACAAGAAGUGAUACAGAUCAUGGUUGAUUUCUCUUACCCUCGCUCCUGUUUCAGCCAAAUGUGUCUGGUUUCUAGCCACCUUUUCGCCAUAAAUUGGAUCAUGUUUCAAAUGGCUAAAAGUAUAUUACACACGUGGCUCAAAUGAGUAAACCCAAUAUACAAAAGUGUGGAUUUUCUAAAGAACUAAGAUAAAGGAUUACUUAUUAUCUGUAACUAAUGUAUUAGCCAUUCUAGGAGUUAUUUGUUGCUUUAAGUAUUAGCUCUCCUACUGCAGUCAAAACAACAUACUUACUAAAUUUAAUUACACACAACUUUUCAAGAAUUCACCUUUUAUUUAAAGGGAAGUACCUCACUACUUUAUCUACAAUAAAAACCGAAGGUAUUGGCUUUCUCUAUUCGAAGUAAAUUACAGAUUCAACAGGGAGUCAUACAUCAGUAAUAGCAGUGUAACAAAAAUGAAAAAGUACUUCCUAUCCAUGUGCAAAUGUCACAAAAAUGUUUUUGCCAUAAAACCUAAGUGUAAUUUAGCAGACCACAGUGCUCUGAAGAUGGAUCACUGAUGACGUACCAUUUGUACAUAGGUAAUACACAUGUAAAUCACUAAAUAUUAAGUAUAAGAAGUAUGUUUUUAUCUUUUUUAACAAAAAAAGUGACUCCCCGUCUCAUUCUGUUCUGUUGUAUUGUGUCCAAAAGUUGUGUGUAAUUUUUUUAAGGUCCAGGAAAUGUAGAGAAAUUUGUUGGAAUAUCUGAAUUUCUGUAAAAAAUAAUAAUAAAAAGAUUUUGUUACUUAAAA